AAGGACAAGCGCGCCCCGGGGCUGGCGGCGCGCUAGGCUGGGGCUCAUCCCGGGGUUGGGCUCUGCCCGGGGUUGGAGUCCGCGCUCUUGUGGGGUCGGCGGUCAGCCCCCAUGGAGCCCGCCGAGCGCUUGCAGGCGGCGCGGGCCCGGGUGCCCAGGGUCGAUCCGUAUGGGUUUGAGAGGCCUGCAGACUUUGAUUACGCAGCUUACGAAGAAUUCUUCUCCACGUACCUGGUAAUACUCACCAAGAGAGCCAUAAAGUGGUCCAGACUUCUAAAGGGCGGCGGCGCGGUCCGGAGAAGCGCCACAGUGAAACGCUACGUCCGGAAAGGGAUCCCGCUGGAACACCGGGCCCGUGUCUGGAUGGCAGUGAGUGGAGCCCAGGCCCAGAUGGACCAGAACCCUGGCUACUACCACCGGCUGCUCCAGGGAGAGCGAAGUUCCUGCCUGGAGGAGGCCAUCAGGACAGACCUGAACCGGACCUUCCCGGACAAUGUGCGUUUCCGGAAAACGGCCGAGCCCUGCCUGCAGAAGACCUUGUACAACGUGCUGCUGGCAUAUGGGAUGCACAACCAAGGCGUGGGGUACUGCCAGGGAAUGAACUUCAUAGCAGGAUAUCUGAUUCUCAUAACGAAGAAUGAGGAAGAGUCUUUUUGGCUCUUGGAUGCUCUUGUUGGAAGGAUACUGCCUGAUUACUACAGCCCUGCAAUGCUGGGCCUGAAGACUGACCAGGAGGUCCUUGCGGAACUGGUGAGGCUGAAGAUGCCAGCGGUGGCAGCCCUGAUGGAGGGACAUGGCAUGCUGUGGACCCUGGUGGUGUCCCGAUGGUUCAUCUGCCUGUUUGUGGACAUCCUGCCGGUGGAGACAGUGCUGCGCAUCUGGGACUGCUUAUUCAACGAGGGCUCCAAGAUCCUCUUCCGGGUGGCCCUGACUUUGAUCAAGCAACACCAGACAUUCAUCCUGGAAGCCACAAGCGUUCCAGACAUCUGUGACAGGUUCAAGCAGAUCACCAGAGGGAGCUUUGUGACCGAGUGCCACACAUUCAUGCAGAAAAUAUUCUCAGAGCCAGGGAGCUUGUCCAUGACGACCAUCACCAGGCUGCGUGAGAGCCGCCGUGCUGCACUGCUGGCACAGGGCUGACAGGCUCCCUCUUCCCUGCCCCGCUGCCSGUGGGCCCAUGACCAUUCCUACUGUUCCCUGGUCACGUUGUGAAUGUCUGACGUCACUGCACUGCAGCGGUAGGUCUGGAGAGACCUCCGAUCCCGUCACUCAGGCUGUGAGAUCAUAGAUUCCAACAGCAUUUGUAUUUAAUAAAGAGUGAGCACUGUUUGUGGUAUCAGCUUGUCAGCGUUUCGGCGCUAUCACUGAAGUCAGCCUAGUUACUGUUCUUGCCUUUGGGGGAGUGCUCACUGUGAGGCCCCCUAGGGUUGCCAACUGACAAGCAGGGCUCUCCCAGCAACACCCAGGAAGGCCACACCAUCACUUGGAACCACUGACUCCUCCCAGGAGGCCAGGCUGACCUUCAUGAGAGCCUGCAUGCCAGCCUGGUCCCGUCUAGACUCAUUCUGACCUUGAGAGGGGCUCCUCGCGGGGUGGGCAACACCACUCCACCUGGCCCACCUGACCGAGAUGCACUGCUAGAGGAGCAGCUUGUGGGGGCCUCGGCUUGUCCCCAUGUCUGCUUCUGCAGUUUGGGUGCCUGGUAGUGCGGGCCUGUGGAAGAACACCAGUCAGGAAGCCUGGGCUCUGGGCCACUUGCAGGCCAUCCUUAAAGCCAACCCCCAAGGUCCCAGGAUCCUCAGUGCCAGAGUUCUGUUUCAGAAAACAGAAGGCGAGCUUUUGUGCCCUGAGCUCCUCGUUUCAGCAAGUGGUGGCUCCCACUGCACCUCAUGGAGACCAGAGGAGGGGCUGGCUGCAGCAUGAAGACAGGGAAAGGCAGGCUUCAGAGCCGAGUCUCUCUCCAGUCCCAGGCCUGCCUUUCCAGGUGCAGCAGCUCUCACAUUCUUUGGCCUUUUAUACCUCUGGUAAGCAAACAGGAAACUGGUGAGACCAGCACCCCCCGGAACAGAGGGGCCAGACACCCAGUUGCAUGAGCACAGCAGAGCCUGUGCCUCAGCUAGGGCCCAGGGCACAUGUGGUUUUGACACAGGUGGCUUUGCCUGCAGAGCCCAAGAGAGCAUGGAUACUGCUGUCACUUGAGACCCAGUGUUCUCAGGUUACUGCCCAAGAGGCUAACUAUCCCAACAGCUCUCCUGAACCAAGGACACAGGCCCCGAUCCAGGGCUGCUGCCACCACCAGUACCCACCGCCUCCCGUCCACAGACCUCCAGCAGCAUGCUCCCUCAGCAGCCACCACUGAGGCAUGCGUGGCGCUCGGCAGACACGAGGUGCAGACAGACGAAGAAAGAGACUUUUUAUUAGCAUCGUUACAGGCAGCGUGUCGCGUGUGAGCUGACCCUCAGUGUGCAACCCACCCAAGCCGCAGCGCAGACRUCAGUGGUGAAUCUAUUAUUGUACGCAGUGCAGAAACAGAGUCACCCUGAAUGCCGACAGAAGACGGAAAAUCACUUUACAAAAAGUAAAUAAAAAUAACACCCUUUCUACACUUAGAAAAGUGCCAGCUCUUGGGCUGCAAAACAUGGGAACAAUGAGGGUCACGCCCAGCCUGGACACUGCCUCACCACAUGYGGGCCA